ACAAGGCAGUUCUUUUCUGUCUGGGGGCCUCUUGUGGGCAGUCUGGGGGGUCCUUUUGCAUUGCCUCCCAGUGCUUCACAUGGAGCCAGGGCCAGAAUAAAGUCUGUAGACUAAAGCCUUUUCUGCCUGUGGGCAGUUAAGUGCCUUGCCCUGUUGGCCCCCCGGCCUCCUGCUGGCUCUUCUCAGCUCAGGCUGGCUAUACCAGCCAGGGCUCUAGGAAGGCUUGCUGAGCUCCCCUCUGUGGGAGAAAGAAGGGAGGGGAUGCAGCUCUGAACGGAAGGCCCCCAGAGAGAAGGGCAGAUGGAUCCAUCGACUGAAAUCACAUGAAUGGACCUCAGUGAGCACAAGGAAUCCACAUGGGUAUGUGUGUGGGGAGUUGAUGGUUCUGAAGGGCAGGGCUGGUCAGAGAGUCAGAGGGAGGCACAAACAGAGGUUUCCACAGAGAUACAGCUUUUCCCAGGCUCCCAGGCCCCAGCACCCAGGUCCUGGCUAUUCACUGCCAGCAAAUGGGCUGUCAUUCAUCAACAGAUAGCUCUGAUCUGCGGCCACUGGCAUGUGGCCACCUCCAGCUCCCUACUUCAACACUGCCAUGUUUCUCACUUCAGGGAAUCCCUCCUGCUUACCCUCCCACUCUGGGGCAGCUUGGCAGGCGGCCAGCCACUGGAGCCAAUCAGCUGCCAGCCUCCAAGGAAAACCAGGUCCACAGGCAGACUCCAGGUCAGCAGAAAGGCUUGUCCCCUGUGGCAGAAAGCAGAUUUUCCUUUCAUCCAGAGGCCACUGGCUACUCCACUCAUUACUGAAAAUGUCCGUGGUUUACAGACCCCCAUGGAGCUGUCGUGAAGAUGCUUUACCUUCUAGGAAGCCCCAGCUGGAAGCCCUUACCCACGGUGGUACUGCAGGAGAGAGGUGUGAGAGGCCCCUCCAGCCUCCUAGAUACCACGUGCCCGGGGCCACCCUCCUACGACUGGACGGCAGAGAACCGCCCUCCAAGGAUGUGCCAGGUGCGCCAGCCUUCAUUUCCUCACCCUCUACCUCUCCCCGCUGCCUCCUGGGUGGGCCUGGCCCACAGGGACCCAGCCUGGCCACAGCUGCCCCAGAGGCGAGGAAAAUGCACAGCACAGGCAUCUGCAAGCAGAGAGCUUCACAGGUAGUCACCAGCCUUCUGUGGCAUGUGGCCACACCUAACACGUGGAGGAACCGUGUAGCUCUUCUACAAGAGGCCCUGCUUGCCUGCCUACCUGCCUGAGAAGGACUGAGCACUGUGAGGCAGCAGACUCAAAAUAAUGGAGCUAAGAAGUGGCCCUGGGGAGCAGAGGCUCUUCCCCUAAACCAGCACCUACACUUGGCCUGCUCCUGGUACCCAAAGCAGCAGCCAGUUUCCCUCAGGGGGAAAAGAAAAAAAGUCACAAGGUUUCAAAGAGAACAUAGCAAAACAAGGUAUUUGUCAGAGCUGGUUUCAUAAAGCAAAUAAAUCAGAAUAAAAACAAGCCAUUUUUCUCUAGUCCUAAAAUGCUUUUG